AUGCCGCACAGAAUCUGUCAUUUAGUACAAACGAUGACGCAACCCCAUCCGAAGACGGAAAACGCACUCGAAAGAGAUGAAUCACCAAAUACAGGCUCUUUCCCUCAUGUUUGCUUCCUUUUUUUUUUGUACAAGAUACUCUCUGAACAACAACGGUUUCUUCUCCGAACAAUCUGUCACCAUGUACAACCGUUUUUGGUUUUGAACUAUCUAUGACCACAACUAUU